AUGGCUCGCAUGGCAGCAGAACCACUUAGCUUGAGCCCUCCCGAAAGACUGUUUCGACAAUGUUUGCUAGAUUGUCGUGAGAACAUGCAGGGUGUGCCUGGAAUGGAGAAUCUCGAGCUACGAUGGACUGGUGGCUGGGUCAGAGACAAACUUCUGGGAGCAACAAGCCACGACAUCGAUGUUGCUCUUAGCACUAUGACAGGCGAACAAUUCGGCAAAGCAUUACAAGAAUACAUGAAAAGCAAUGGGACAAAGUACGAAGAAGAAGCUAAGAGGGAAGGCUUCACGUCCGACAUAAAGGACUUGCACAAAAUUAAGGCGAAUCCUGAAAAAUCGAAGAACCUUGAGACAAUAACAACCCGCAUGUUCGGCCUCGAUGUUGACCUUGUAAAUCUAAGGAAAGAGGUAUACAACGAGAGCAGUCGGAACCCACAGAUGGAGUUUGGCACUCCUCAAGAGGACGCUGUGAGACGGGAUGCUUGUGUCAACGCCUUAUUCUACAAUCUCGAUACCCAAAAGGUCGAGGACUUUACGGGUCGAGGACUGCAGGACAUGGAAGCCAAGCUGAUUAGAACACCUUUGGCGCCUUAUCAGACAUUCGUUGAUGAUCCUCUGCGAGUCCUACGCCUUAUCAGGUUCGCUGCACGCCUGGAUUAUACUAUUCAAGAUGAUGCAUUGCAAGCGAUGGCCGAUCCUAGAAUUCACGAAGCUCUCCGAAUGAAGAUCAGUCGAGAACGAGUUGGAGUUGAAGUUGGUAAAAUUAUGACUGGUCCGAACGCUUUCAGCGGUCUCACGAGAAUCUAUGACCUCGACCUCUACGUUACGGUCUUUGGCGACCCCAGUUCUAAUUUAAAUCAAGUCGACAAUAGCAGCUUUCCUGUGGCACUUGACGCACUAAGACAGGUGCUCGAUCAUGCUUCGGCUUUGUCCUUGGUGCUCAAGCCUAAGGAUGAUAUUACCACCGCCUGGACCCUGGCAGCCUAUGUACCUUACGCAGACGAUGAAGCUGCAGCCCUGAACGCCGCAAGAGAAGGUAUCAAGGCAACUAACGUUAUUUCCAAAACGCUGUCCGAUGCCAUCACAAAUCGCGACCGCAUACGUAACAGCGUACACAAGGUCAACAACCAGGAAGCGGGACGGGCUGACGUCGGCAUGUUACUCAGAGGAUGUGGUAAGUCGUGGAGGUUUCAUGUGCUGUACUCUCUGCUAUGUGAUGCAACGAAGGACUCGUUUGAAGAGGUCAACAAGUCGUACAGCACUUUCGUCCAGUAUGUACAGGCUCAAGAUCUGGAAGGUGCUGCUGAGAUAAAACCGAUACUGAAUGGCAACGAGAUCAAGAAAACUAUGGACAUUUCUAAGGCAGGAAGCUGGAUCAAGACUGCGACUGAAAUGGUUGUGAGAUGGCAAUUUGCGCAUCCUGAGGGUACCACGGAAGAGGCGGUCGAAUGGAUCAGACAACACAAAGACGAAUUGCAAGCUGGGUGA